CAGCUGAUUGAAACUGAGAACAAAGCAGCAGGUCAUUCAUCCAUCCAGAGCAGCAGGCGGACCCCGACUCCCAGAAUGCCCGAGCAGAGUAACGACUACCGGGUGGUGGUGUUCGGAGCCGGCGGGGUGGGGAAGAGCUCGUUGGUCCUUCGGUUUGUCAAAGGCACCUUCAGGGACACCUACAUCCCCACCGUGGAGGACACAUACAGACAGGUGAUCAGCUGCGAUAAGAGCGUCUGCACGCUGCAGAUCACCGACACAACAGGAAGUCACCAGUUUCCCGCCAUGCAGCGUCUUUCCAUCUCCAAAGGCCACGCCUUCAUCCUGGUCUACUCCAUCACCAGCCGCCAGUCCCUGGAGGAGCUCAAACCCAUUUACCAACAGGUUCUGGCCAUCAAAGGCACCGUGGAGUCCAUUCCCAUCAUGCUCGUGGGCAACAAAAGCGAUGAGACGGCCCAGCGUGAGGUGGAGACGAAGGAGGGCGAGGCUCAGGCCGCCGCCUGGAAGUGCGCCUUCAUGGAGACGUCGGCCAAGACGAACUCCAACGUGAAGGAGCUGUUCCAGGAGCUGCUGGCCCUGGAGAAGAAGAGGGACAUGAGCCUGAGCAUCGACGGGAAGCGCUCGGGAAAACAGAAACGAGCCGACAAGCUGAAGGGGAAGUGCAGCGUCAUGUAG